CACAAACCCCAGACUGGUCUAGACCGUGUUAGCAAAAGCCAAUUCUUUUUGCGCAUGACUUUUGGGCUUCUUUUCCUCGUCAUGCCAUGUCACCAAUAUGGCCUGUCUUUAACCGGAAACUAUUGAUGAUACUACGCUCAUGACUUGGUUAUGCAGCUGUAUAUAAGACUUGGCAGUUGACCCCAUCUUUAUCACCAGCAUCCAUCAUCAGUUUCCACUUUAUCUUAUCAAGAACUUGUAUCAAUCAUGGAGAGUUUGAAUAUUACCGGCAAAGCAGAUCUUGAACUUCAGGCCAAGGUUUCUGGUACAGAGUUCAUGGAUGCCAAGAGCCAUGCUGUCGAGGCUGAUCGUCAGGCUGAGCAUGAGUUGACGCUGAAGCAAUGCUUUCGUCAACAUCCGGCUAUUGUUUGGUGGUGCUUUUACUGGUCAAUCGCAGCUGUAGGCUGGGGCUUUGAUGCUCAGAUCAACGGUGCCAUGAUCUCCGUCGCUGCCUUCCGACGUGACUUUGGAUAUGUCGAAAAUGGCGAAGCUAUCCUCCCCGCCGACUGGCAAACCGCCUUCAACUGCAUCAGCUCCGUAGGCGGUUUCUUCGGCGGUUUCAUGUGUUCCUGGAUCUGCGAUUACGUCGGCCGAAAGAACUCUCUCGUCAUGGCACUCCUUCUCGCGACCGGCGGUACGAUCGGAGAGUGCAUGUCCAAUACCAAUGUCGCUUUCCUAAUGUCCAAGCUUAUUAUUGGUCUUGGACUCGGUUUCUUUCUGACGCUUGCCCCGUUGGCGACGUCGGAGAUUUCACCUGUUGUGUUUCGCGGUAUUGCUACUGCGGGCGUUAACCUUGGAAUUGCUAUUGGUCAGUUGGUUUCUAAUGGUGUUAUCAAGGCUUUUGGUGAAAGGACGGACCAUUGGGCUUGGCGGGGUGCUUUGGCUACGCAGGGUAUCUUUAUUGUCAUCCUUGCUAUUGGUCUGCCUUUUGCUCCCGAAACUCCGUGGUAUCUGGUUCGCAAGGGUAAGAUGGAGGAGGCCAAGAAGUCACUCAUCCAGCUAUACGGAUCUGGAGUCGACAUUGACGCCAAGCUCGCUACUAUCAAGGAGACCAUCGCCGAGGAACAAGCCGCCUCUGCUGAAGAAGCAUCAUGGGUCCAGUGCUUCAAGGGAACCGAUCUUGUCCGAACCAUGAUCAGCAUGGGAGUCUUUGUUUGCCAACACUUCGUCGGCAUCAUCUUUGUCCUGGGAUACUCGACCUACUUCUUUCAACUCGCCGGUCUCGAAACCUCUCGCAGCUUUGAUCUCGGCGUCGGAGUCACCGCAUGCGGUGUUCUUGGAAACAUCUGCAGUUGGUUCGUCGUCAACUCCUUCGGCCGUCGCAAGAUCUUCCUCUCAGGCAUGGGAGCUCUCACAGUUCUCCUAUUCCUCAUUGGUAUCAUGGAUGUUGUACCAACGUCAGCUGCCAAGUGGGUGCAAGCCGCAUGCACAGUCAUCUACGCUUACGUCUACUUCGCCACCGUCGGAGCCAUGGCCUUUGCUGUUCUUGGCGAAACAGCUUCGUUGAACCUCAAGGCUAAGACAAUGGCGCUUGCUACUGCUACACAGUCUGUCAUGGGCAUUGCGAUGAACUUUGCCAUUCCGUAUAUGGUUAACCCUGAUGAGGGUAAUCUGAAGGGCAAGGUUGGCUUCAUAUUUGGCGGUCUUGGCUUGAUCGGCUUUAUUUGGAGUUGGGUCUAUGUUCCUGAGCUCAAGGGGCGACGAUAUGAUGAGAUUGACCACAUGUUUCAUAACAAGGUCAGUCCUCGACAGAUGGGAACUUAUAAGCUGUAAAGGAUGGGCCGCUGGCGAAACGCGGAGAUUCUGAGAUCAUGACUGGGCCUUGUAUUUUGUAUUUGGAAGAAGUGCGGUAGUC